GGAGGAGGGCUGGGGGGGGGAGGAGGGCCGGCGGCCCGGGGGCAGGCUGGCGGUGUCACUCUCUCCCUUGCCCUUUCUCCCCUUGCCGGGCGCCGGAGGGAGGAGUUUGCCUGGAGCCGAUCCCGCAGCGGAGCCCCCGAGGCCGCCGCCGCCGCGCCGAGGAGCAGGGGAGCGCGUAAACAACUUGGGCAGAGCCGCCGCCAGCCGCCGCCGCGCUCCCCCCUCGGCCGCCCGGCCCCUCGGCGCGGAGGGCCCAGGCGUCCUGGGGGCGGGGGGGGCCAUGGCGGAGGAGGGCGCCCGGCGGCGCGGCGCCCCCGGGAAGCAGGGGGAGGCCCGGGAGCCCCCCGGCGGCGUCGCCCUCAAGAAGGAGAUCGGCCUGCUCAGCGCCUGCGGCAUCAUCGUGGGUAACAUCAUCGGCUCGGGGAUCUUCGUGUCGCCCAAGGGGGUGCUGGAGAACGGCGGCGCCGUGGGGCUGGCGCUGCUGGUGUGGGCCCUGACGGGGCUGGUCACCGCCGUGGGCGCCCUCUGCUACGCCGAGCUGGGCGUCACCAUCCCCAAGUCCGGCGGCGACUACGCCUACGUCAAGGACAUCUUCGGGGGGCUGGCGGGCUUCCUGCGGCUGUGGAUCGCGGUGCUGGUGAUCUACCCCACCAACCAGGCGGUGAUCGCCCUCACCUUCGCCAGCUACGUGCUGCACCCGCUCUUCGGGGGCUGCCCCCCGCCCGAGCCCGGCCUGCGCCUGCUCGCCGCCGCCUGCCUCCUGCUGCUGACGUGGGUGAACUGCGCCAGCGUGCGCUGGGCCACGCGCGUGCAGGACGUCUUCACCGCCGGCAAGCUGCUGGCGCUGGCCCUCAUCAUCCUCAUGGGCCUCGUCCAGAUCUGCAAGGGCGAGUACUUCUGGCUGGAGCCGCGGCAGGCCUUCGCCUUCUGGCAGCCGCCGGACGCGGGCCGGGUGGCGCUGGCCUUCCUGCAGGGCUCCUUCGCCUACGGCGGCUGGAACUUCCUCAACUACGUCACCGAGGAGCUCGUCGACCCCUACCGGAACCUGCCGCGCGCCAUCUUCAUCUCCAUCCCGCUGGUGACCUUCGUCUACGUCUUCGCCAACGUGGCCUACGUCACCGCCAUGUCGCCCCAGGAGCUGCUGGACUCCAACGCCGUGGCCGUGACGUUUGGGGAGAAGGUGCUGGGGCCGGUGGCCUGGAUCAUGCCGGUCGCCGUGGCCCUUUCGACCUUCGGCGGCGUCAACGGCUCCCUCUUCACCUCCUCCCGGCUGUUCUACGCGGGGGCUCGGGAGGGGCAGCUGCCGGCGCUGCUGGCCAUGAUCCACGUGGAGCGCCGCACCCCCAUCCCCGCCCUGCUGCUCACCUGCGCCUCCACGCUGCUGAUGCUGGUGGCGGGCGACAUCUACACGCUCAUUAACUACGUCGGCUUCGUUAACUACCUGUGGUACGGCGUCACCGUGGCCGGGCUGCUGGUGCUGCGCUGGCGCCAGCCCCGCCGCCACCGCCCCAUACGGGUGAGCCUGGCCUUCCCGGCGCUGUACCUGCUCUUCUGGGCGGCGCUGCUGCUCUUCUCGCUGUGGUCGGAGCCCGUCGUCUGCGGCAUCGGCCUGGGCAUCAUGGCCACCGGCGCCCCCGUCUACGCCCUGGGCGUCCGCCCGGGGCCCCGGCCCCCCGCCCUGCGCCGCGCCGUCGCCGCGCUGACCCGCUUCAGCCAGCAGCUCUGCCGCGUCGUCUACCCCCACAUGGGGGGCAGCGAGCCCCACGGCGACGACCAGCCCCACGGCGACGGCAAGCCCCACGGCGACAGCGAGCUCCAGGGUGACGGCCUGCCCCACGGCGACGACAAGCCCCACGGCGACAGCCUGCCCCACGGCGACAGCGAGCCCCACGGCGACAGCCUGCCCCACGGCGACGGCGAGCCCCACGGCAACGACGAGCCCCACAGCGACGAGCCCCACAGCGACGACGAGCCCCACGGCGACCCCCGCCAGCCCCUCGCGCCCCAGCCCCACGCCUGAGCCCCGGGGGGGUUGGGGGGCCGCCCCACGGCGCUGCCCCACGCCUGAGCCCCGUGGCACGGCGCCGCCCCACAGCCCUCGGACUGUCGUAGUGCCUUACGCCCCCGCCCCACGGCGCUGCCCCACGGCGCUGCCCCACGGCGCUGCUCUGCCCCCCGGCGCUGCCCCACAGCCCCUGGGGGGUCCCUGAGCCCCCCAGCGCUGCCCCACGGCGCUGCCCCACACUCCCAGGGCUCCUCAGUGCCUUAACCCCCCCCCGCCGUGGGGCGCCCCAUAUCCCCCCCCUGCUGGCGGGGAGGGGGCGGGGCCUGGGGAGGGGCUGCCGCGGGGGAGCUGCUAGGCCCCGCCCCCAGCUAGGCCCCGCCCCUUUGCCGCGGUCUGGCCCCGCCCACUGCCAGCAGGCUCCGCCCCCAGAGGUAAGGGAGUGCCCACCCCCAUGGGCACGGUGCUGCCCCAUAGCGCCCCCAUCCUGCCCCACAGUGCCCUGAUCCUGCCCCACGGAGCCCAAUUCUGCCCCAUAGCACCUCGAUGCUGCCCCAUAGCACCCCUGUCCUGCCCCAUAGCACUCCAAUCCUGCCCCAUGGAGCCUGAUCCUGCCCCAUAGCCUCCCUAUCCUGCCCCAUAGCAGUCCAAUCCUGCCCCACAGAGCCCCAUGCUGCCCCAUAGCGCCCUGAUUGUGCCCCACAGAGCCCCAUCCUGCCCCAUAGCGCCCCAAUCCUGCCCCACGGAGCCCGAUCUUGCCCCACAGUACCCCUGUCCUGCCCCACAGUGCCCUGAUCCUGCCCCAUAGCACUCCAGUCCUGCCCCACGGAGCCCAGUCCUGCCCCAUAGUGACCCGAUGGUGCCCCACAGAGCUCAAUACUGCCCCAUAGCACCCCAAUUGUGCCCCAUGGAGCUCGAUCUUGCCCCAUAUCACCCUGAUCCUGACCCACAGCCUCCCUAUUGUGACCCAUAGCGUUCCAGUCCUGUCCCAGAGUCCCAUCUUGCCCCAUAACAUACUAAUUCUGCCCCACAGACCCUGAUCCUGCCCCACAGCUCCCUGCUUCUGCCCCAUAGCACUCCAAUCUUGCCUCCCAGAGCCCCAUCCUGCCCCAUAGCACCCUGAUCGUGCCCCACAGAACCCCAUCCGGCCCCAGGGGACCCUCAUGCUGCCCCACAGACCCCCCAUCCUGCCCCAUAGCACCCUGAACCUGCCCCACAGCCCCAGAUUCUGCCCCACAGCCCCCCCCCAUCUCCACCCACCGGCCGGGCAGCAGCAGCAGCAGCGCCGUGGGGCCGCCCCACACCCCCCCAUCCCCCCCGCCGUGGGGCAGGCGCGGGUGCCCCCCCCCCCAUAAAGGCCCCCGGGGUGGGCAGAGCCGCGA